AUGGAGAUGGAGACGGCUGUGGGGGCGAUUCUCGGCAGGCUAGGGCGCCACUGCUAUGCAGUUUUGUGUUUAGGAGUGCUUCUUCUGACGGUUGCCGUCGUUCACUACGUCGGCGAUGGAGAACCGACUGAUCCUCGCGAGCGAAGCAAGCGCCGUCUUCGCACCUUGCACGGCGGCCGUGAUCCGCCUCCGGUUUUCAAUCGCGGUGUGUCAAAACAAUACUCCAACCAUUUCUAUCUCCACAUUUCUGCUUCAUUCUUCCUCCUGCCCUUGUUCUUCAUCUCCCUCACCUGUGCCAAGAUCACCUUAAUCGAUCUCAUCUUCCGAGUAGAUUCCGUUUGCCAGAGAUACGAGAAGUAUGAUGUUCAGAAACAGCGCGAGCUCAAUGCUUAUGGUGAUGGUGUAUUUUCUCGCCUCUUCGCUGCCGUUGAACUCGAAAUCCACGCUGCUCUUCAGAAAUCUGAAGUCGCCUCAACUGAGAAGAUUAGGGCUGCUGCAGUUGCGAUGAAUGCCGAGGUUCGACGGAAGAAGGCCCGAUUGAUGGAUGAAGUGCCGAAACUUUGUAAAUUGGCUCGCAAGAAGGUUAAAGGUGUUCCGAAAGAAGAGCUCGAGGUCGGAGAUGAUCUUGUUCUUGCGCUUCAAGAGAGGAUUAAAGCGAUACCAGGUUUUACGCACUUUAGAUGGAAACUUUGAGAGCGAAUAUUUAGAGCAAAGUGAAGAAUCAAGUCAAUUUCGAAACGAGUAUGAAAUGCGGAAGAUGAAACGGGCAUGACUAAGGUCUUGAUAUCAUAUCUGAAGGGUUGGAUGUGCUUAAAAAUCUGGUCCAUGAUAUGAACGAGAUGAGUGUUGAAGUAUUUAUUUAUAUAAUCAAAUUUAC